UUUAUAAUGUCAUUAAGAACAUUUAUUUUGAUAUGUUUGAUAUUUGUAACAUAUUGCAAAGAGUCAGGUGAAAAACAUCUUACAAUUCUAACCCAGUCAAUCGGAUCUAUGUUGGUUUCAGAAAUUGGAGACAAAGUACAUCUAUAUUUUAAGAUAAAACUAGACAUUCUUCUUAGCAGCAAUUUUGUCUAUGAAGUUCAAUAGAAUGGCAGUAUUCGCUGGAGCAGCAGGAGCUUUAGUAUUAAUGACAGCAAUAAGUUGUGCCUUCGGUAUUAUAGUUCCAAGUCUUCUACCUCGAUUUUACACUGCAAUUGUUGUGACAAUUAUAUUUUACUUUUUUGGAGCCAAAUUACUUUACGAAUGGUACCAUAUGGAGAAUGAAGGGGAUAAGGAAGAAUUGAAAUAGGUAGAAAUGGAGCUCGAAGAAUUAGAUAAAAAACUUUUGAGCAGCCACAAAAUUAUAGAUCCUGAAAAUCCAUCAGAAGGAUAAAAAACAACAAGUAAUCAUCCGAAUUUUAUUUAGAUCUGGCUGCUGUUGUGCCAAUUUAAUAAAUAAUAUGGUAAGCAUUUAUAAUGACAUUUUUGGGAGAAUGGGGUGAUAGAAGUUAGAUAACAACCAUCAGUUUGUCAGCUGUCUAGGAUGCAGAUAUUGUUUUUCUAGGUUGUAGUUUAGGCCAUUUAAUUUGUACUACUAUCGCUGUAGUUGGAGGAAAACUAUUAGCACAUUCAAUCUCCGAGAAGACUGUUAAUUUGGCUGGAGGAAUAGUUUUUAUCGUCUUUGGUUUGAUGCAUACUUACGCUUUAAUUACGGGCGAUUUAGAUUGAUAAUUAUCAAUAUAUUGAUGGC